UUACUCAGCCCAGCCGACACGCAGGCCAAUCCGCUCGCCCUGCACCUUUGGCUGGAACCUGAGACCGAUUCGCCCCCAAUGAUGCUCCAGUUGCAGGAGCAACACAAGUUUAUCUUUGUCCCACGAAAGAGGAGUAGCGUGGUUCCUACUCGUUUGAGCAAAACGACUGGCAUCCGUCAGCUGGACAAGCCAGCGCUCCGCCUGUGAUUUUCCUGGGGAAAAGUGGAGACCCGCGCGCCUGCCCUGCACAGCAAGGGACACCUUUUGGAGUCUUGUCUGCUGCUGUGAUCGGCCAACGUGCCCCUGCCCAAGGCACGGCUGGUCCCGAUCACCUCUUACACUUCAUUUAUCCGUGGAUCAUUUGAGAGUCGGUCUUGUAAAUGUUUAGCAUUUUGCUGCUUUACUGCUUCUUUUGGGGGACAGUGCCAGCACUCGCCGAGACCGGCAGAGAGAGGCGACUGAGUCCAGAGAAGAGCGAAGUAUGGGGACCCGGGCUGAAGGCAGCCGUCGUCCUUCCCGCACGCUAUUUCUACAUUCAGGCGGUGGAUACAUCAGGAAAUAAGUUCACAUCUUCUCCAGGUGAAAAGGUGUUCCAAAUUAAAAUCUCGGCACCGGAAGAGCAGUUCACUAGAGUUGGAGUCCAGGUUUUAGACCGAAAGGAUGGGUCCUUCAUAGUAAGAUACAGAAUGUAUGCAAGCUACAAAAAUCUGAAGAUAGAAGUUAAAUUCCAAGGUCAACAUGUUGCCAAAUCUCCAUAUAUUUUAAAAGGGCCGGUUUACCAUGAAAACUGUGACUGUCCUUUGGAAGAUAGUGCAGCCUGGUUACAGGAGAUGCACUGCCCAGAAACCAUUACUCAGAUUCAGAGAGAUCUGGCACAUUUCCCUGCUGUUGAUCCAGAAAAGAUUGCGGAAGAAAUCCCAAAAAGAUUUGGACAAAGACAAAGCUUAUGCCAUUAUACCUUGAAGGAUAACAAGGUUUAUAUCAAGACUCAUGGUGAACAUGUAGGUUUUCGAAUUUUCAUGGAUGCCAUACUACUUUCUUUGACUAGAAAAGUGAAGGUGCCAGAUGUGGAGUUUUUUGUUAACUUGGGAGACUGGCCUUUGGAAAAAAAGAAAUCCAGUUCACACAUCCAUCCAAUCUUUUCCUGGUGUGGCUCCACGGAUUCCAAGGAUAUUGUGAUGCCUACCUACGACUUGACUGACUCUGUUCUAGAAACAAUGGGCCGAGUAAGUCUGGACAUGAUGUCUGUGCAAGCUAACACGGGUCCUCCCUGGGAAAGCAAGAACUCCACCGCUAUGUGGAGAGGGCGUGACAGCCGCAAAGAGAGGCUGGAGCUGGUUAAGCUCAGCAGGAAACACCCGGAACUCAUAGACGCUGCCUUCACCAACUUCUUCUUCUUUAAACACGAUGAAAGCCUAUAUGGUCCUAUUGUGAAACACAUUUCAUUUUUCGAUUUCUUCAAGCAUAAGUAUCAAAUAAACAUCGAUGGCACUGUCGCCGCGUAUCGCCUGCCAUAUCUCCUAGUCGGUGACAGUGUUGUGCUAAAGCAGGACUCCAUCUACUACGAACACUUUUACAACGAGCUGCAGCCCUGGAAACAUUACAUUCCUGUCAAAAGCAACCUGAGUGAUCUCCUAGAAAAACUCAAGUGGGCAAAAGAUCAUGAUGAAGAGGCAAAGAAGAUAGCAAAAGCAGGACAGGAAUUUGCAAGAAAUAAUCUCAUGGGUGAUGACAUAUUCUGUUACUAUUUUAAACUUUUCCAGGAAUAUGCCAGUCUGCAAGUGAGUGAGCCCCAAAUCCGAGAGGGCAUGAAGAGGGUAGAACCACAGGCUGAGGAUGACCUCUUUCCUUGCACGUGCCAUAGGAAAAAGACCAAAGAUGAACUCUGAUAUGCAAAAUACCUUCCCUUCAAAUAAUGGUGCUCUGAAGACUCUUCUUAACUGAAAAGAAGAAUGUUUUUUAAAUAUUAAUUCCAUGGACAGUAUAAAAUCCACUGUGUGACUGUCUGGAUUAUGAACAUAUCUUUCUUCUUAUGAUGCAGUAUUCCCACGACGAUCCUUUAAAGCACGGUUUUAAAAUUUUAUAAUAAAACCAAUUUUAUUUUAAAGGCC